GCAGGCGUGCGCGACUGAACAUGUCUCAGCGAUGGCUGAACAAAGAAAAGUCACUUCUUUCAAGAUAUGAAACUGCAUUCAUCGUGUUAUAUCUCCUCUCGUGACAUGGAUCCCGAACUCCCGAACAGCUUUACAGUUUAUCACGGAGCAGGACGUAUCGCAUGACUUCUCUCCGCGCCAUCCCUUGGCUUAUGUAUUUUCCGUGUGACAAAAGCCUUUCUGCAGUGUUCACCACUUCCUGGUCGUGAGUCUGCGAGAGGGUAAGAGGGGACACACCCUGACAGUGAGACACCGGACCUCUAGUCGGGUGGUUCUGUAGAGAAUCAGUGCUGGCACAAUGGCGGCCCGAGGUGUGUUGUGGUGGACGUUGUUGGCUUGUGGCUGUGCCGGAUUCUUCCGCCUCACAGUUCUUGCUCAAGACAAGGUGUCUCUUGGAUGUUUUGGGUCUGCUGGCUCGUGUCUGAAUCACAACCUGACAUGCCCAGACACGGCCAGGGUGGCGAUACAGGUGGCCCUCUACGGCCACAAGACGUGGGUGAACUGUACCACCGGUGUAAUCAGCUGCAGCGACACCUGCUGCUCCUACCUCCGCAACAGCGACUGCUUCCACACCUUCAUCGCUGGCGACAUCAGCGACAUCUACCGGAACUGCUCCUCCCACUUCUGUGACUUCCGCACACCGCGGCUCAAUCAACCGUGCUCCGGGUCUCAGGCGAUCUCCAGCUACUCAGUGGUGGAGUAUGAAUGCGUCGAAGAGUCGUCCAUCAUCCCGAUGUGUGGCGCUGCGAAUUACACCGUAGGCCAGUCUGUCUCCAUCCUGUACGACCCGACCCAGCAGUACAUGGUCCCGACUGACGUGUGUUACUGCACCAUGUAUCAACCCACCAGGAGCCCAGUCGUCAUUGAAGGCAUCGACAUCCGCCUGGCUGGACCGAACGGCGCCUGCGGAACCCUGGGUAUCUACAACAGCACUUCCACCUUCCCGCAGCGCAACUGCCGCUCUCCGUCAACAUGGCCGUCACUGAGUCUCGCGCAGACGUCAGAUCGCUACUUCUACUUGACGCUGACCAAUCUGGCAGAAUUUGUAUGGAUAAGAUUCAAAGCCACAAAUUCGUUGACAGUUGCUUGUAGCCUGAACGCCGUGCACACCACAACACCUGCCCCUACUACAACGACCUCAACGACAACUUCUACAACAACUACUACUGUUACGUACCCCACGGCCCCACCACCGACCACAAGGCCACCACCGACUCGUUCCUCUUCUUCAACACCUCAAACUACCACAGCAUCAACUACCACAUCCACAACCACAUCAACUGCCACAAAAGGACCAACUGCAACGCCUACGCCUAUGCCUACGACAACGCUUGUAUCACCGAUGACAACAACUGCAGUGUUGCCUACAACCACCACCUCGUCAGCGUCAUCAACAAGUCCUGGGACAACGACUGCCAGCAACAGUGUGUCGACAGAGAGGCAGGCCACUUCAAUUGGGCCAGCUGACAACGUCGGCACCAUCAUCGGCGCAGUAGUCGGAGGAGUAGCCUUCCUGAUCGUCGUCAUUGUCGUCAUCACCUGGUGCCGGAAAAAACACAAAACAGCCAAGCAAUCCGAUCCCUCCGGACAUCUCGUGUCUCGUGACACGGAGAAUGGACGACAGUCUGCCGUAUAUGACAACAUCGUCACUUCCGGAGUCCCCAACUCCGAUCCUGUGUAUGAGACCAUAAAACCUCCAGAAAGUAAACCUGUAGGCCCACCUGAACCUGUAGGCCCAGCUCAAACUGUAGGCCCACCUCAAACUGUAGGCCCACCUCAAACUGUGGGCCCACCUCAACCUGUGGAGGCAUCACAGACAAAGGAAGCUGCUGAACUCUAUAGCAAGUUGACCACCAACAACAACACGAAAAGCAAUGAACACACUUACAUGACUAUUGUUCCUUCUGAAGCAGUGAAGGAGAACAACAUUAUAUCCAUACGGCUGUGAUCCCGGGACACACACAAACUGUACGAUACCAACAUAUAAUGCAUAGCUACAAGUACACCAGCUUAAUGUCCAACAUAUUCAAAUGACUUUUCGUGACAUUUAUGACCGAAUGAUCCAUUAUACGGACAUUCGAUGAAAUCUACAGAUCAUGUUGUAGAUGGUAUUUAUAUUGCUGUGGGGGAGGCUGGUGACAUCAAAUGCUGACCAGCUCACCGCUGUGCCUGAUGCUGCACAUACACUGGGUAGACAUAUGACGCAUCAGUCAUGGGUAAGAGUUAUCGAUGGUACACUAUGGUGGUCUAAGACCGCGCAAUUCACAGUGCAGAGUUGUGCCCCUUUGUUGUGACAUGCUACACCUAACAUGGGUUCGGGUACACCUGUACGGAGAUGACAGAGAGAAGUUGCCAGUUGUGUUUGUGACAUGGCCGGCCAUCCCAGAUCACAGGUUCUGUAAUAUAAAGUGUUAUUUUGUGUCAUCGUCAUGGGCAUGACGAGCUGCCAGAUCAAUACGCUAAAUGACAAUACGCAUAUAUUUCACUCAGAUGAUUAAACAAUAUACACCACAAA